AUGAAAUAUUUGUAUAUUUCCCCCAUUAUGUUACAUUUGUUUAAGCUUUAAGGCCUACGUGAGUGAGAGAGUACUAUACAGCACUCCUUUGUUUUCUGAUAAAUUAAAAAGCCCCUUGCAGAAAGAUAGCCAUGGCUGCAAGCUUGCUUCUCUCUAUCCUCUCUCUCUCUCUCUCUCUCUCUCUCCCUCCAUCUCUCUCUCUCUCUCUCUCAAAUAGAUGAAGCAGAGAAGUUAAUGUCUACCUACUUACUGUAAAGUCCGAAGCUUUCUUCUUCUUCUUCUUCUUCUUUCAAGCAAAGCCUCUGUUUUUCUUCUCUGGGUGUUUUCCCUUUGUGGGUGGUGUGAGUGAAAAAAAACCCGGAAGGAAAAGACAGUUCCUCCUCCUCUGUAGCUGUCUUUCAUAUUGAAGCUUGGGUGGGGAUUAGAGGCGUUUGUCUCAGAUCCAAUAGCUGAGACACGUUUGGGGUUCUUCACAUUCAGACAUUUCUCUGUUUCUUGAAGUCUGAGGAAAGAUGAGUAAAGAAGAAUUGAUGAAGAUUCAGACUUGUGUUCUUCAAGUGAACAUACACUGCGAUGGCUGUAAGCAUAAGGUCAAGAAGAUCUUGCAGAAAAUUGAGGGGGUGUUCACGACCAAGAUAGAUGCAGAACAAGGGAGAGUGACCGUCUCUGGGAAUGUAGAUCCGUCACUUCUGAUCAAGAAGCUCGCUAAAUCUGGCAAACAUGCCGAACUCUGGGGAGCUCCGAAGUCUAACAACAAUCAGAACCACAACCACUUACCCACUCAGUUCAAGAACAUGCAGCUUCACCAUGGAAAAGGCGGCGGCAAAGAUAAGAAGGACGGCGGCGGCGGCAAAGAGCAGAAGAACGACGGCGGUGGCGGUAAAGAGCAGAAGAACGGCGGCGGUAACAACAACCAGCCGAAGAUGGGUCAGCAGCUGAACCCGCAACAGAUUCAGCAGCUGCAGAAGAUGAAAGGGUUUCAAGAUCUGAAACUGCCACAGCUCAAGGACAUGAAAGGUCCUGUUCCUAUGAACAAGAACCCGCCACCGAACCAGAAGGCUGUGAAGUUCGCUGUUCCUGAGGAUGAUGACUUCAGCGUUGAUGAUGAAUUCGAUGAUGAGUUUGAUGACGACGACGAAUUCGACGAUGAUUUGGAUGAUGACUUCGAAGAUCAUCCUCCUCCUCCGUCUAACAAGAUGAAACCCGUGAUGAUGCCCAACGGUAAUAAUAACGGCGGCGGUAACGGUAAAAACGGUGUUCUCAUCCCGGUUCAUGCCGGCGGUGAUAAAAACGGAAGCGCCGGAAAAAAGGGCGGUAACGGAGGGAAUCAGAACAACGACAAGAACGGCGGCGGCGGUGGAGGAGGACAGAACAACAAUAAAGGCGGUGGUAAUAACGGUGGUCCGAACGGCAAUAAGAAAGGAAAUAAUGGCGGCGGCAUGAACGGAGAUAUGCCACUGGGAUUUCCCCCGAACUGUCGACUACCGGCGGUUCAGGGGCUACCGGCGACGGGUCCGAUGGCAGGUAACCCAGGUUACUUCCAGGGAGCUAGUCCCGAUCCGAUGAUGCCAGGCAACCCGAACAAUCCACAACAGCAACAGCAAUACUUAGCGGCAAUUAUGAACCAGCAGCGAGCCAUGGGGAACGAGCGGUUCCAGCCGAUGAUGUACGCUCGGCCACCGCCCGCUGUUAACUAUAUGCCACCGUAUCCGUAUCCGUAUCCUAAUACGUACCCGUACCCGUACCCGUACCCGUACCCGUACCCGUACCCGCCCCACGGUGGCGAACAGUCCUCGCAGAUGCUUAGUGAAGAAAACACGUCAAGCUGCAGUGUAAUGUGAACGAUAUAUAUAUAAAAUAAUCAUUUUGGGCUUAUACAUGGAAAAUGUGGGGCCUUUUAAUUUAUGGGACGAGUCGAAUCUUAAGUUAUAUGUCUAUUAGGCUUUUUAAUUGUGACAGUUUCGGUAA